AUGACACAUCGGAGUGUCACCCGUGACGCGGUGGGUGUCACCGCCACACUUGUCACUUUCCAAGUUGAAAUCGCAGCGAUCGCCUGCGAUUCGCUGUUUUCGAGGGAAUACGAGGAGGAGGAGGUGAGAAGACGAUCUGUGGUGGUUUUCGGCGGUUCUGGAGAGUUUUGUGUGUUUCGGUUGUCAACCGUGUGUUUCGGUUGUCAACCGGAGAUGGGGAGAGUUUUCCAAAAUUUCAUCAGACCACAAUUUUCAUCGGGUCAGAUCGAGAAAGUACCUCAAACUUGGGAAAGUGAAAUGUCAGUGAUGACACAUCGGAGUGUCACCCGUGACGCGGUGGGUGUCACCGCCACACUUGUCACUUUCCAAGUUGAAAUCGCAGCGAUCGCCUGCGAUUCGCUGUUUUCGAGGGAAUACGAGGAGGAGGUGAGAAGACGAUCUGUGGUGGUUUUCGGCGGUUCUGGAGAGUUUUGUGUGUUUCGGUUGUCAACCGUGUGUUUCGGUUGUCAACCGGAGAUGGGUAAGUGA